AUGUCAACUCUAUUUGUCAUUUUGCUGGCUCACGUGGCAGCAACAAAAGUAUCAAACCUCGGAAGAUGUUCUCAAGAGAAGGUGAUGUUGGCAGAGUGUCUGAAACCACAUCAGAUUUACAUCUCCUCCACUCUAUCCAACGUUACCGGCGAAGAGAUUCUCGAUCGAGUCUUCAUGAACAAAUUCUUCAAUUUCACCAAGAAAGUUGCCACGUGUAUCGGUCCGAAUAUAGCGUGUGAUAGAACACGUCACUAUAAAUACUUUUUGGAUGCAUUGACUUUUGUGGGAGAGUCAUUGUAUGAUCCUACAGUUUUUGGGUGUCUACAAGAGAUUGAACCCCAUCUCCACUCAUGUUUCGGUUACUUUUACAAUUACAAAGAAGUGAUGAUAUUGACUAAACUGUCUUCAGCAACUCAAGGUGUCAUCAGAUGUCUGUCGGAUUCUCUUCAAUCCCACAACUCUUUGUGUGGAAAACGGGCGACUGAGAAGAUAAAAUGUGCAGUGAUUGCUCUUCGGUUGAUAGCUAAAAACUAUCAUAAUUGGAAUAAGGGAAAGAUGAAGGUGGCUGUGUUCAAUCCAAAGAAGAUCUCACCGAAACCUUAUAAAGAUAUCAUUUGUGGACUGUAG